AUGGUCGCGCACACCCGCCCUUCCAAGAGCAAACUCACCUUCAGAGAAAAACUCGCAGGAAAGGGCGUCACUACCGACAAUCUCCUCAAAAAGCUCAAGACUUUGCACACCCAACUCGCCGCGCUCGACCAAGAAACAGUCGACACAAAUUCGCUCAACACCGUCCGGACAGAGCUUAUCCAUACCUCCCUCCUCCUCCACAAGGACCGCGGCGUCAAGGCGUACACAUCAUGCUGCCUGGCGGACAUCCUGCGGCUGUACGCCCCAGAGGCGCCCUACACCCAGCACGAGCUGCGCGACAUCUUCCAGUUCUUCUUCCGGCAGCUCUCAGCGGGGUUCAAGGGCGCCGACGAACCAUACUAUAAUGAAUACUUCCACCUCCUGGAGUCGCUAUCGACGGUGAAGAGUGUGGUAUUGGUGUGUGACUUGCCUUCGAGCGACGAGCUGCUGCACGAGAUCUUCCGCGACCUGUUUACGAUUGUGAAACGCGACUUUACGCGAAAAGUGGAACUGUUCAUGGCGGAUAUUUUGGUGGCACUCAUCGACGAGUGUUCAUCAUUCCCGAACGAUGCGUUGGAGGUGAUAAUGGGACAGUUUAUUGAGAAAAACGCGAAGGUCGAUCAGCCAGGCUACCGGCUCGCCGUCCAAGUAUGCAACGCCGCCUCCGACAGACUGCAACGAUAUGUGUGCCAAUACUUCGGCGACCUCCUGACGACAUCGGACGAUUCUGAAGAGAAAGAACAAGACAAUGUUCAGACAUCACACGAGCUCAUCAAACGACUGCACCGGUCGUGCCCUGCCGUCCUGCACAGCGUCAUCCCCAUCCUGGAGAGCGAGAUGCGUUCGGACGUGCUCGCGUCUCGCCUGAUUGCGACCUCCACCCUGGGCGAGAUGUAUGCAGACAAGGGAGGGCCGGAGCUGGUGAAGAAGUACCCGAGCACAUGGCAGCUGUGGUUGGGACGGAAGGCGGAUAUUUCUGUGCCUGUACGACUGAAGUGCAUCGAGGCGAUGCCAGGAGUGAUUGGGAAUCUGCCGGAGGCGAAGGAUGCGUUGGAGGAGCUGUUGCGGCUGAAGAUCUACGAUCCCGACGAGAAGGUGCGUGCGGCGACGUGCAAGAUCUACUCGCGGCUUGACUACGAGACGGCACUACGACAUGUCUCGGAGGAGCAAUUGAAGACGGUCGUCGGGCGUGCACUGGACAAGAAGAGGACCGUCAGAGCAGAGGCACUCAACGCGGCUGGGAAGCUCUAUAGUUUGGCUUAUCCUGAGAUCGAGAACAACGACCCAGCUGCCAUCAAGCAAUUUGCCUGGAUACCCGACCAGGUCCUCCAGUUCACGACCGCGACGAACGAGAUCCGGACACAGGUGGAACAGAUCCUCCUCGAGUACAUCUUCCCGCCACCCUCAAUAUCAACAUCAUUCGCGUCGAAGGAGAAGGACGUGGACGAAGUUGCGUGGACGGAUCGGCUGCUGAACAUGAUGAGAUAUCUCAGUGAGAAGAGCGUGGCAACACUCAUGGGGGUGGCAGGUUUGAAGGCUUCCCGGCCCACCAUCUAUGAUGCCUUCCUCGGGAUGUGCAUUUCGCAAGCUGCGGCCUCCUCUCUCGAUGCCCCUUCUCCCUUUAAAGAUACCUCUACCUCGAAAGAGGCCGAGAGCAAACGGUUCAGCCUCUCCAUUGCUCAUAUCGCGAACGGACUGCCCGAACCUCAACGCGCCACAUCCGACCUCCAAGCCUUCGCCGCCUCGCACGACCAACGGCUGUACAAGCUCCUGAAGACUUGCAUGGACCCCCAAAGCGAGCUGAAGGCCGUCAUCCGUUCUGGCUCCGAGUUCACGCGCAAGCUCGACGGGGAGAAUGAGACGAUGAUGAUUAUCCUCCGGCGGGCGAGCUACUGGAUUGUCAACCAGAGCUGUAUGCCGACGCUGCUGAAGAGGGUGCGAGGUGGCGAGAGUGGUAGGCCGAGCUUAGGCGGAAGUGCGACUAGGAAGGCACAGAGUGCGCUGACGCUGCUACAUGCGAUGGCGAAGCACUCGCCGGCACUGUUCAAGAACCACGUGGCAGAGUUGUGCAAGGCCAUUGCGGCUUGUGAGGCCGAGGGCAGCUGGACAAGUGUGGAGGUGGCUCUCAUGGCGCUUGCGGGUGUGGUGAGAUGGAAUCCGGAACUUGCGAGCUCGGUGGAUAAGAAGACGAACGAGCGCGUUGUCAAGGUUGCACUGGGCGAGAACUGGAGGGCGGCCAAGUUCGCUACAAGGUAUCUGGCGUUUUCGAAGAACAAGAAAGAGCUCUGCGCCGAGGUCGUUGAGUCGAUUGCAGACGCUAUCUCAGAAACCAAAGAUAAUUCGCUGCCAGUAGGCCACAUCGCCUCCCUCGCACAGCUUGCGCGCUUCGCGUCAGAUGUGUUCGAGACGAAAAGCGACGUCAUAAUUACAUACCUCGUCAAGCGGGUCUUGAUGACCCCUAGUAACGCAGAACUGGACGACUCAAACCCCGACGAAGAAUGGCUAGAGAACGAAGAAGUACCCGACGAACUACAUGCGAAGAUUCUCGCGCUGAAGGUGUGUCGGAACCGGUGUCUCGCCCAUGCAAAGGAAGAGGGAGCACUGGAUAUCGCGAGCCCCGUGUUGAAGCUGCUCGCGACGUUGAUCGAGCAUGAGGGUUCGGUUGGUCCGGACGUAGAUGAUGAGAUCAAGUCGCGGAUGAGGCUACAAGCCGCCAUCUCACUUCUCCAUCUAUCGACGGUCGAGGUGUUCGCGAAUGCUAUCACUCCUAAAUUUGUUAGGCUGGCUUGUGUCAUCCAAGACUCGUGUUUCAAUGUUCGCAUCGCCUUCCUGACGAAACUCGUCGCGUUCCUCCAGCUGCGGAAACUUCCACCUCGGUACAACGUCGUACCUUUCUUAACCGUCUUGGAUCCUGAGGCGGACACCAAAUCCUUGGCAUCGCACUACGUUGAGAAUGCGAAGAAACGACUACCGCCAGCCGUUCGCCUUGAGCAUUUGGAAGUUAUCUUUAUCCGGCUCCUUCAUCUGCUGGCACACCACCCGGAUUUCGCUACAGACCAGGAAGAAUUACCAGAUAUGGCCAGUUACGUCCAAUUCUACCUUGACCACGUAGCCACCUCGGAGAAUAUCUCAUUGUUGUACUACCUCGCGCAACGAGGGAAGACAGUCCGCGACCCUGAAUCGCACGCGCAAAGCGAGAACUUCUACAUCAUGUGCGAAAUAGCACAACUUCUUAUUAAGGCUCGCGCGACGGCGCAAUCGUGGCUGCUUCCUGCGUAUCCGGGCAAAGUCCGCUUGCCGUCGGAUAUCCUGAGACCACUGCCGAGUCCCGAAGCAACAAACGAGAUACUCAAAACGACGUAUUUGCCCGCCGAGGCUGAGGGAUGGUUAAUUGAAAAAUUCAAGCUUGGUGGAUCAAAGGAGAGAAAGGAGAAGGAAAAGAAGGAAAAGGUGCCCACCAAACGAAAGGCAACGUCCACAAAACCGAAUGGCGCCAUCAAACGCCGUAGAAAGAGAGCCACCGAUGAGUCGGAUGACGAGCUCGAAGAGGCUGGUACCAGUGACGUCGAGAUGGAGGACGUCGAAUCUCCAGCUCGAUCAGGCAAGCGCCGUAAAAGCGACAUGUCUGAAGAUGCUGAGCCAAGGCAUCAGAGCCGAGCGGAGAGGCUCAGUGCGCGGACAGCCGCGAAGGAAAAAAAUGGCAAGGGUAAGAAGACCGACUCUGACCCUUCUUCCGAUGGGUGA